AUGAAAACUCUGCCACUGCUAGUGUGCAUCUGUGCAUUGAGUGCUUGCUUCUCACUAAGUGAGGGUCAUAGAAGGAAUGGGGAACGACAUAACUCAAGGAAUGGUCUCCAGCAAAAGAAAUUUGACCACAAAGCACCAGUGCAUCGCAGAUUACCAUCUCGUCAGCAACCAUUAAUUCAAAAGCCUUCCCAUUUUUAUCCUAAAAGACCCCACAGGCCUCCAUUUCCACUUAAUCCCCAACAUCCCAGGCCACCUAAGUGUCCAAUUAAAAAUAACACCUCAGUGGUUCCCACCCAAAUCCCAUCUGUGACUCCCACAUCUCUUUCCACUGCAAAGAUCACUACUCUUGGUCAAAAUGCAACUAUCACAGAAAGCUCAGUUUCUUCUACAACACGUUCUUCAACUAUAUCCACAACACCUGUCCCAACCACAUCAGUACCACAACCUCCCACAACCACUUCAGCUACACCUUCCCCAACCACACAAGCACCACAAUCUUCCACAACCACUUCAGCUACACUUUCCCCAACCACACAAGCACCACAAUCUUCCACAACCACUUCAGCUACACCUUCCCCAACCACACAAGCACCACAAUCUUCCACAACCACUUUAGCUACACCUUCCUCAACCACAUCAAAGUCACAACCUUCCACAACUCCAUCUAGCACUACAUCUGCCCUAUCUACCACACCUAAUGCUUCCCCAACCACUUCUGCACCUGAAAAUUCUGAAACUACAGCUACAGCCGCAACCCAAACUGCUAUUUCAACUACUGCUCAAACUACUGCUGUUGAACAAACAACCGAAUCUUUACCCUCCAUCGAAGAUUCCAUUAAGAAAUUACUUUCAAGUUUUGAGGAAAUAUUAAGUGCACUUUGGAAAUUAUACACACGGUGA